AAUUUAGCGGCGCGGCAUCCAUUGGCUGACGGUCGUGCGGCAGCGGGUGGCAGCGGCGGCCCUCCAUCGCACCACUGAGCUGAGCGGACUGACGGCAACACUGCUGACGCCCUGUCGACCUGUUCCACCAUAUAUUAUACAAAAUGUCCGAAAAGAGAGAACCUCCCCCAACAUCUGCCUAUGGCAUGACGGCGCCGGGUCUCAGCUACCCCCAGAUGGUGCCGCAGGGAGCACCGCCAUCUUAUGCUGAGAGCCUGAGUCACCCAGUGGUUGCAGGUCACCCAGGCAUGCCUCCACAGUUUCCCUCACCCUACAUGACACCAAGUGCUGCUGCUGCCUCUGCUGCACAUUUGCAAAAUUAUAAGGAUCAGAUAUUUGCACAAUCAGGGCACUGGUAUCUGGCAGAUCCCAUGUUUCUCCAGAACAUUGCUGCAGCUCAACAGGCUCAAAAAGUUGCUUUGUCACAUCAGGCCCAACAGCAGCAGCAAGCAGCUCUGUACAUGCAGCAACAACCACAGCAGAUGUAUCUGCAGCAAGUUCCAGGGUACUUCCAGCAUCCACAAGCUGCAGCAGCAGCUGCUGCUGCUUCUGCUUCUCCCUAUCAGCCUGGCCAGAAUGUUCUUGUGUUGAAUGGUUUUGACAGUGGAGCUCGAUUUGAUGGCAUCAGUCAACCCAACAUUCCUCCUCCCCCACCUGGUGUAGCCCCCAAUGCAGCCCAGUUAGCAGCUGCUUCAGGGGCACAUGUGGCAGUGUCUCAGAAGAAAGGUGGGUUCUUAUCUGGAGGAUCAGGUGGAGGUUACACAAUCUUCUAAUACGGAUAGUACUGCUGCUCACAAGAAAAUAAAUCUUAACCUUAUUGUUAAAUUUUUUCUGUAGGGAGACCAAAACUAACCUCACUAAUGUGUAUACAAUAUGCUAAAGGGCAGCAAAUUUUAUUUUCUAAAAUUAAGCAAAUUGUUUUCAUGACAAAUUGAUUUUUGUAAAGGUGGUACUCUGAUAUGCCCAGUCAAUCAUGCAUUUUACUUUAUUAUUGUAAACACUUCAAGUAAUAUGAAAUGUAGAGUGUAAACACCAAUCACAGUAAAAACUUCUAUGUUUCAACCUGAUGUAUGCACAAUUAAAGGAUACUUUGUUUUUACUCAUUUUGUUUUUCUGCAUAAACAAAUUUGAAGUACUUUAAUUAAAAGUUUCUGAUUGAAUACUUAUUUCUGGUUCAGUAUCUUCAAUAGGAACUGAUUCAGCCAACAAAGUAAGAUUGUCAUAACAAUAUUUAAGGUUUCCAUGUGUGGAGAAAUAAUGUAAUCUUGUUAUUUUGUCAUACUAACUUAACAGUAUGCAUUUAUUUUCAUACAGAUCUUGAAUUUUGCAGUUUGAAAUAUUUGAAUACAUGGUUAUAAUUUUCAGUACUGGAGUAAAACAUACUUCAAGCUCAGUUUUCUAUUAAUAGUGAGUAUACUUGAUGAGCUUAUUGGGAGACCUUAGCAUACUUGCCAACCUGAGAUUAAUGAAGAUGUGUAAUCUUGAAAAAAAAUAUGGUCCCUACAGCUAUAAAUUCCCAGUUCAGUUAAUAAUCACUACAAAUCAACUUUUUUGUUGCAUUACUUUAGAAUCUCAAAACUUAAGCAAAACAGGUAUUGCAAAAAAUAGUAACCUAAAGAACAAGUUGACAAUAAUGAGUAAAUCCUUAAAGAAAAUUAACAUAGGGUCAGCAUAUCUAAACAUCUUUAAUUUUGAGUAAUAACUUGAAUGUUACAGUGCCAAUUAAAAAAAAAUAAAACAAGAAAUAGUGUUGUUCACAAUCAGGGAAGCCUCAAUGUACUAACCUGUAUGUGAUUUUUUAUUUUGUAUGAUAUUUAGCUUGAAAAUCGCUUAUGAUUAUAAGUUAAUAAAGCAAACCUGAACUGCUCUUUGAUUAUUUCAAACCACUGGCCCUUGUAGCAUUUUGGAUAUAAGCAUUCCUAGAUUUAAUUCAUACUCAGAAGUGCACACAUUAUUUUUUCCUCAUAAUUCAUUUAGUUCUUCCAUCACAAAUGGCUUGAAGUCUUGUGUUUUCUCUGUUUUGUUGCAUGUUGGUCCAUGUACAUAUCAGAUUCUUCACACAAGGAUUAAAAGAACAAAAAUUUUUUUUUGUAGCGCCAAGAAUAUUUUUACCAUCUGUCCCAUUUUUUGAAGACCAGGUCCUCCACGCAUACAUAUUCAGUGUUAUGACAAUGAUACAUACCAGCCAAUGAAUUUGAUUGUAUGUAUUUUUGUAUAUAGAUACUUUAUGUAUGUAAAUAUCAUUGAAAGUUAUGUCAUUCCAUGUUUUAAGGAAUUUUCUAGUCCACUAUAAUAAUGAGCUUUGGGCCUUCAGUAAUGGCAUACCAGACUUCAUAGAAUGCUCUUGUAAUAUGUAAUAAGUUUGUGUGCUACUAAAGAGGAUUGUAAGAAUUAUCAGUGAGUGCAUAGAUUAGUUAGAUAGGAUGUUUGUGCUUUUAUUGUAUAGGAGCAAGUUACUCAUGAUAUAGCUCUGUUUUGAACAUGAGUGGAGACAUUUGUAUGUAAGCAACUUUAUAUUCACUUGAUUUGACAUAGUGAAAAUAUAUAUGGUUAUGAACCUAUCUAUAAUAUUAUAGCCAAUGUAUUUCGACAUUAAUUCUUAUGAUCAAUAAAGGUUGGCAGCAAUGCA